AUGGCCAUGGACAAGCUCCACGAUCACCUAAGCAACACGAGCACCAUCAAGAAGCUAGUCGGGCGUCUUCGCGGAAAUAGUGUUAGUACGCCAAGCACAACGCAGAGAGACGACGGCUAUACAUCCAGUUCGUCGCGAGCGCCCUCAUUUCGCAUUCGUACGCCUCAGAUAUCUAGGUCACCGGAUUCACACUGCAGUUCAUCGACGAAGAAACGAGGCAAAAACGGCCACUGUGCGCGAGAUGCUCAACUUGCCUUGGAAUUAUGGAAUGACGCAUACGACGCCUUACGAGAUGAUCCUAGUUGCACCGGCUUGGUGAUUGCGUACGAGAAUAUUAUAUCGCAAGAGCUGCCAGAUCAUCUAAAAAUGGGCGGCCUCAACUCGUCAUUCCACGGCAAACCGGCGGAUCAGCGAUUAGAGUUGCUCACAGCCAUAACUGCAGCCGGGCUUGAGAAGGGUAGAAGCUCCAAAAAUUCUCAGGCCGAAAACUCUGCGAAGGUGGUACUAGAUGCGGUGAGAGACCGAGUCGCCUCGGUAGUGGCAGAAUAUCACGCUGCAUCGGUGGCUUGGGCAGGUUUUUGCACACUGACCCCGCUUUUACUGGAUCCAAUAGUCAACCAGAAAGAUUUCAGAAAGGGCCUGGUGCACGUUGUAGGUCGCAUAUCGUGGUAUAUGCAUCUGGCACAGUUGCUGCGGGCCAAUUCAUGGGGGGCAGAGCACCAAUUCCGAGAACAGCAGUACGCAGUCAGAGAGAGGCUGGUCAACCUGUACCAAAAAGUACUCGAGCUCGAGAUGAAUUGCGUCUGUGCUACGGCGAGUGCUUGGAACACAGCUGCCAAGAAUGUAGUCGGCUGGAACACGCUGGACAAAGUGGUGAAGAAUCUUCUGGACAUGGACGCGCAAGUUGUUGAGAUUGUUGAGAAGCACUGCGCAGAGAGAACUCGGGAGACUCUGUUGCAAAAGUAUCUAGAUCUGGACAUGCCUUAG